UAAACACGACUUCUUUUAAUAGCGGUCCUUGUGGCAGAUUUUCAGGAGACCCUCAGCUGGAUUCUUGCUGCCAAGGGGUACAAGGGAGCUAUGACAAGCCAUGAAUCAGGAAAGUUCCCAUACCGGACCGGAGCUUUGAAAACUGAGGGAUAUUUUGAGGCGAUUAUGAAAAAAUGAAGAGACAAAACGUGCGGACACUCGCCUUAAUUAUCUGCACUUUGUCCUAUUUGCUCAUUGGAGCGGGAGUCUUCGACGCUCUCGAGUCAAGGCAAGAGAAAAGCCAGAAGAGCAAACUCGACUAUCGAAAAUUUCUACUUAUGCAUAAAUACAAUCUCAGCAGGCUUGACUUUGAUCAGAUUGAAAAGGUCGUGUUGCUUCUGAAGCCUCACAAAGCUGGAGUCCAGUGGAAGUUCUCCGGAUCUUUUUACUUCGCCAUCACUGUGAUAACGACCAUAGGUUAUGGCCAUGCCGCCCCCAGUACGGAUGCUGGGAAAGCAUUCUGCAUGGGAUAUGCGCUUCUGGGCAUCCCCCUCACCCUGGUGAUGUUCCAGAGCCUGGGUGAACGUAUCAACACCUUCGUCCGCUUCCUGUUGCACAAAGCCAAGAAAUGCAUGGGCCUGCGGCGGCCGGAAGUCUCCAUGGUCAACAUGGUGAUCAUCGGCUUCUUUUCCUGCGUCAGCACCUUGUGCAUAGGAGCAGCUGCCUUCUCCCACUACGAAGGUUGGAGCUUUUUCCAUGCCUUCUACUACUGUUUCAUCACCCUCACCACCAUCGGAUUCGGGGACUACGUAGCCCUACAGAAGGACAACGCUCUCCAGAAUGACCCUCAUUACGUAGCCUUUAGUUUUGUUUAUAUCCUGAUGGGCCUCACAGUAAUUGGUGCUUUCCUCAAUCUAGUGGUGUUACGGUUCAUGACGAUGAACACAGAGGAUGUGAGAAGAGACGCAGAGCAGAAGGCGCUGCUCUCCAAAGAUAAACAGAAAGGUCCGGUUAGACGGCGUCCGGACCCUCCGAGCCCAGUCGCCGUUGGGCGAGAUAAAAGGCGAGGGCUGAAGAGUGUCUACGCUGAGGUGCUUCACUUCCAGACGGUGUGCUCCUGCCUGUGGUACAAAAGCCGAGAGAAGAUGGUGAUCCUCCCGCAGGAUUUGUCCUUCACCGAUGCGCUAAUGGAGCAAGGAGACGUAUCACCCCACCACUUCUUUGAACCCGGCACCACGGGCUGUGUGUGUAACCCUCAACGCUGCUCAGCCAUUAGCACUGUGUCUGCUGACCUGAGAAACAUCUCACCGUUCAGGUUCUUCUCCAAGAGACGUAGCUCUGUCUGAAUCACCUCACUUUCUUAUACAGUCACUGUAGAUCUCUAAUGAGUCACAUGAAUAAUUUUCAUAGCAUUCACAUGAAGAUGCUUGAAUGGACCACCAAAGAUUGAGGUGGACUGAUGAAAGAGCUCCACUAGGAGUCUUUUUGCACCAACACAUCUAUAUUCAUUCAACACUUUGAUGACUAUAAUGAGAAUUCAAAUGGUCUUCUACUUCAAAUAGCUCAU